AAAGAGCCUGAACUUGAUGGUCUGCAAUUCGCCAAGGGAUUCCAAAUGUAAAGAUUUUCGCAAGAUUCCCUAAAACUGACUAAUUGAAUUGAAGAGAAGGAAUUGGGGACGAGUACUACAGAUCCAAUAUGGCCGAAACAGCUGCGAAAAUGGAAGAGAGUGAUACAUCUCCAAAACACGAAGCCAGUAGUGGCGAUAAAGAAGCGCACGAUACUUCAUAUGAGUCUAAUCCAGAAGACCCUGCUGGAGGACUAAAAUCGGAAGCUUCAGGCGGAGAAGUGAUGUCUUUAAAGGACUGCUGCAGGGAUGCCUUCGCCAAAAUAACCGAAUAUUUGAACGGCGAACUAGCUGGUUCAAUACAGGAUUAUGUUCUUCUUGAAAAGCUGAAUAAGUUGACAAUUACAAAGUACAGUGAAAUGACAGACACUGCCAAGACACUCAUCACAGUCAUGGAGGAAUUAGACAAGAAAUAUAAAAACCUGGAACCUUAUUUGGAGCAGAUUGACAAGGUAGAGGAAAGUGUCGCAAGCCUUGAACAAGCUGCAUACAGACUUGAUGCUUACUCUAAAAGACUAGAGGCUAAAUUCAAGAAAUUGGAGAGAAGGUGAAAAGAACUAUGAAUGUUCUCCAGGACAAAGAGUUAAAACUGGUUGUGUUAACAUAGAUUAUUUUGGCAAUUUAUAGAAGAAAAGAGAUAACCGGAUAUGGGUGAAUUGGUGGAGGAUUGGAAACCAAAAGUGUUCAGCAUUGUCACUAAACAAUAUUUAUAAUUAUAAAAUAACCAAAACACUGAGUGCACUGAUUGGUCCCACAUGUAUUGUGUAUUACUCUGAUAAACUUUUAGGAAAUUGAAUUAAAUUCGAUUAAAGCAAUAGA